CCGGGCCGACGUCACAGCGCGUCACGCCACGUGGGGUCGCAGGGGUCGCGGUGCCGGGAGACGCGUGGUGGUGGGAGCAGCUACAAUGGCCUCCGCGCUGGAGACUUACGUAAACCACACGGUCUCCGUCAUCACUGCAGACGGGAGGAUGAUCGUGGGAACCCUCAAGGGCUUUGACCAGACCAUCAACCUCAUCCUGGACGAGAGCCACGAACGCGUGUUCAGCUCGAGCCAGGGCGUGGAGCAGGUGGUGCUGGGCCUCUACAUCGUGCGUGGAGACAACGUAGCGGUGAUCGGAGAGAUCGAUGACGACACAGACGGGGCGCUGGACUUGGGCAACAUCCGCGCGGAGCCUCUCAACCCAAUCAUCCACUAGCCCUGUACCCCCCCCCCCCCCCCCCCCCCCCAGCACUGGCAACCCCAUUCUCUUCCAUAACCCCUGACCCUAUACACACAAAGAUCCCCCCUAUAGCCUUGAUAGACCGAUGGCGCUGUACGUAACACACACAGACUAAGAUCCCCCCUACAGCCUUAACAAAAUAACAAGAAGAGCCACUUGUUUUCGAAUCCGGUAAAGACGCCCUCAACAUUGCAAGAGCCGCAAUGCGACUGUGGUGGUGAUCAUGAGAUGCUGGCGGCCCUCGAUAAAUGACGUCACAAAGCGGUCCCUUUAAAGAUCCACCGCACGCGGCUCUGGAACCGCCGAUUGCUGAGCCCUGGGCCAAACCCUACACACAAAGAUCCCCCAGUGUAGCCUUAACAGACCGUUGGGGCAAGUGCUGUUGGCGAGCACCUGCGAAGGCCGGCACGGCACACGAGGGGGUGGGUGGCCAGCACCACGCCCGGCCGCCUUUGUCUCCCUAGUGGCGAUGUCCACACGUCGUGCGAGGCGCUCAAUUGAAGCCGAGUCGACCGAGGAUUGGUUUGGAUAAUCGUCACUGGUGCUGGCCAUGAGCGGGAAUCGAACUCUGGUGGCCAGGUUCGGUAGUGCAGCGCGCUAUCCGCUACACCACCGCUCCCCACCGGAUACAUGGAACACGCUCGCACGCACACACACACACGUGCAUUCUUAGCAAACCCUCGCACUCAUUCUACGCAAGACUCUCCCCGCAUCCUCCUCGCCGGUCAUCACUGCAGCCACUCGCGCUGCCGGCCCCCCCCCCCCCCUUCCGCAGCGUCGCACGCCCGUCCCAUUGUCCGCUCGCGUGGCUCUGAGCAUCGGGGGCGGGGAGGCCUCACGCGGAGAUCUCUCCCCGCCCAGAGACCCCCCCCCCCCCCCCCCCCCCCGCCACUCGUCGUGUUGUCGUUUUCAUCAUUUUCCCGUUCACGCUUUGGGAUCGUGGGCAGAGGCGGCGUGCGGCCGUCCCGGCAAGUUGAUCGUGCACGGCAGGGAGGUGACUCGCCUUGCGACCGAAUGACCGUUCUCGUCGGUGUGCGGAAAGGCGCGGCGAUCGACCAAUCCCCGGUCCCGCGUGAAACGCUCGACAGGGAACAAACAAAAAUACCGCGGACUCAAUUUUUGUAUACAAAUUUUUUUCUAAGGGGCAUACGGCGCACACGGAUGGCGUCAACGUGGAGAGUUAAUGCCCGUCCUCCCCGUGAAUGCAAAACUCAAUUGUGUCGUGGCAGGGAAGGAGGCAACGUCGCGGUUGAUGGUCGAGUUUUGCCGGCCGCGGGAACGAACACCGUGGCUGGCGGGCGGGCGGGCGGGCGGGCACGUGAACAUCGCCUUGGGGGAGCGGUUUACGUUGCACAGAACAGCUUGGGGUCUGUGCAACGCUUCUUGUUAUUCCAGUUGUUGUCCAUAAUACAGGUUUUUUUUGGGGGGUUAGAUCGCGUACAUAUAUGAAAUGUGUCAUUAAACCCGCCACCACCGCCCGACACAGCCAACCAGUAAGGUUUGUCACGUAAACAGAACGUGGCCAAUUCGUCACUAGUACAGCGCGCCGGUGUGUUGGAGAGCAGAACCACCACAAUUACAACCCGAGCACGACGUUUCGCCAGUAAUUACCGCUAGCUUCAUCGGGAGCCUUUCAUUCUCUCAGAGCCCCCGUCGUCGGCGGGCGCUCGACGUCCGAGGUCGCGAGGGCCAGAGCGGCGAGCGGGGCGGCGGCGGGGCGGUCAAACGACGCCGCGCUCGGUCGACGUAGCCGGAGAGCGUUCGCUAAGCGUAGCAGCGUGGGUAGUAGUAGUAGUAGCAGUCCGUGUGAAGAUUCGUUCGACCCGGGACGUUUGGCGCAGAGUACGAAAUGACCGCGGCGCGGCAAAGCAAUUCCCACCGUGAGGCGGAAUCCGUUGUGGGGAGGAAGGGCGAAUGAUGAGAAACAACGCCGCCCCCCCCCCCCCACCAUCGCAACGGAGACUUUUUGGCGACACGCGAAGGUGUUGUGGCACUGCGUGUACGAACAGAACAAAUCUCUCGACCUUGUCCAAACCACCGGCUUCGCAAAGGACUAAAACCUGCGGCCAUGCUCGUCGUCGUUGAGAACCACCGACUCGGAGCCCGGAAAAUGUGGCUCCUCGUCAGCGCAGCCCAUAAACGACAAAAAGGCAGCGUGUUGGCAGUUCUUUUGAGCUGGUGGUCUGGACGAGGCCGAGAGCUGUGAUGAUACGCGCAGCGCUGGUCACCUUUGCGUUGAUCAAUGUAGGUGACGGCAGACUGCCGUGCUCUUGAGAUAUUCUGACUGCCCAAAGGUUUGCGUGUUAUUUGCUAAGGCAGGCCUGCUACCAGGUGUGAUUUGAAAUGAAUCAUACUUUUUUUUAGACUUGUUAUCCACGUUAACAAAAAGUACAUUUGUGUUGUCUGGACAUUUUAAUUCAUUUAGGGCUUUGUAUUAAAGGUAGGAAAAAAAUCCCAUUUAAA